AUGACGACAGAAAGAACUUUUUUUGAGAUCAAUAUCUUCCAAACGCUGGAGCUCAGCUCAGAUCAAGAUCAGAUUCGAUCAGACUGGGCCCGUAUGAAACUCCCUAACCCGGACCCUGAAACAACCAUCCUCGUCUUCGGCGAAAACGGCGCCGAUGGCCAUUCAUCAAUUGGAAGACCGGUGAAUCCUGGUCCAUGGGAGGCAAUUCCAGCUGUUUGGUUCUAUCACGGGCUAAGAGUGACUCGGAAUCUCGUAGCGUCAGGUGUCUAG